GGUCAGUUGGAGCGGACGCCGGGAUUCAGACGGCAGUCCGCCGGGGCGGGUCAGGGCCUACUGAGGUGGGCCUGAGACCACGGAGCAGCCGCGGCUGGCACGCGAGCGUCUCGGCGUGUCAGAGUUGCGAGGGCCGGGGUCCCGGGCGCCAUUGCCGGCCGCCAGAGCGCCGCCCGGACCUAUUCCGCCCUCAGCUGCUCUACCCGCGCCGGGAGGAGCCGUAGCUCGGGGUCGUCGCCACCCACUGGAUCCGUGUCGUAAACCGUGUGCCUCAUCUACCGCGCGCUACCGACCGCCCGGACCGAGACCAUGUUUGACAAGACGCGGCUGCCGUACGUGGCCCUUGAUGUGCUCUGCGUAUUGUUGGCUUCCAUGCCUAUGGCUGUUCUAAAUUUGGGCCAAAUAUAUCCAUUUCAGAGAGGCUUUUUCUGUAAAGACAACAGCAUCCAGUAUCCGUACCAUGACAGUACCGUCACAACCACUGUCCUCAACACAGUGGGGCUUGCUUUACCCAUUUUCUCUAUGAUUGUUGGAGAGGCCCUGUCUGUUUACUAUAACCUCUUGCACUCGAAUUCCUUUAUCAGGAAUAACUACAUAGCCACUAUUUACAAAGCCAUUGGAACCUUUUUAUUUGGUGCAGGUGCUAGUCAGUCCCUGACUGACAUUGCCAAGUAUUCAAUAGGCAGACUGCGGCCUCACUUCCUGGAUGUUUGUGACCCAGAUUGGUCAAAAAUCAACUGCAGUGUUGGUUAUAUUGAAAACUACAUAUGUCGAGGGAAUGCACAAAAAGUGAAGGAGGGCAGAUUGUCUUUUUACUCGGGCCACUCUUCAUUCUCCAUGUACUGCAUGCUGUUCGUGGCACUUUACCUUCAGGCCAGGAUGAAGGGAGACUGGGCAAGACUCUUACGCCCCACACUGCAAUUUGGUCUUGUUGCCGUAUCCAUUUACGUGGGCCUUUCGCGAGUUUCUGACUACAAACACCACUGGAGUGAUGUACUAACUGGACUCAUUCAAGGAGCUCUGGUUGCAAUAUUAAUUGUUGUGUAUGUAUCAGAUUUCUUCAAGGAGAGAAACUCUCCUUUUAAAGAAAGGAAAGAAGAGGACUCUCAUACAACUCUGCACGAAACACCAACAGCAGGCAAUCACUUUAGGAGCAACCACCAACCUUGAAGGCAGCAGAGUGCUCACAUCAAGCUGGCCCGCUUUCUAAAGGAAAAUGAUUGCAACCGUAAAGCCAGACGACACGUUUUUUCACGGUGUACAAGCCUUUAAGGGACUGCUGCUAUACCUCUUGGAUGCCCACUUUACCCGUGUGUGUAUAUAGUUCCCUUCAACAAAAUGGUUAUCUAACAGCUCUGAGUUCGUUAAAAAAAAACUUUAAGCCUUUCACUAAAACAAUGGCCACCUCUACAUUUUUUAUUAAAAAAUGUAAUGCUUAUGUACAAAUGUGUAUGUAAUGUAUGCUUUCUUAGAAUGAUGCCUGAUUGAAACACAACAUGUAUUAAAAUGUUUGAACCUUGA